AUGAGCCUCCAAACAGAGAGUGACUGUGGGGUCGCCGAGGGGGAAAAGUCAUCUCGGCUCGGUAAAAGCUCGUGGUGUCGGGUUGGAAGUGUGUACUCUGGACACGGGAGAGACGGGCCAGGGUAUGUACCCACCAACGCAUGGCAGCAUCUCAGCGGUGCGGACAGCAUCGUGUGGCCCAAGACGCAAGGAGUAAAAUUCACCGCUGGUAGACGCAAGCCGAAUCCCAAUCCCAACCUGAUAGAUGGAUAUACUCGAGAAAGGGAAGUCGGCAGAUGGAUCGAUUAA